AGAUGUGGCCUGGUUGCACUUGCUAUGGCAUCAGAGUUAAUUGGUGGCCAAUGUGUUACAACUGAGGAUGUUUUUGAAGAGGCCAAAGUUAAAUUUUACACCAAACAAGGAGAAAUGUUUUCAGGUAAUAUUUAAUUAAAACUCAUGUAGCUUUGAUUGCCAAUAUGGUUGUUCUUAAUUAUGUCAACUUUAGGAAAUAUUUUGUGAUCUAAACUUGUUUAAUAACUAAAUUUACAAUUUCCAAACCACAAAAUAUAAGGAUAUUACGCAACAAAUAAUGGAAUUCAGUAGUUAUUACUGCUUACAUGAUUUAAACUUUAGGAAUUAAAAAAAUAUAUAAAGAUUUAGAAAGAUUGCAGCAUAUUGUUGUUAUUAUUAGAUCUAACUAAUGUUAUUGGACAGAAUAGCAUUCUAGAAAUGUUGUAAAACAACUUUUAAAUGUAUUUAACAGCACAAGCAAUCAGUGACUUAGCCUCCCACUUCCUGUGUUGUGGUGUAGAAUGUAUUAAGUUGAGAAAUAGCCCUACAACACAAAUGUUAGAUGGUCAUGAGAUAAUCGGGCAUCUUUUGAAAGGAAAUCUUGUUCUGGUCCCGUAUCCUUCACACUGUGUUUAUUGCAUUUAUAUUUUAAUUUUCACUAUUAUUAGGUCCUUUUGCUUGGCAUUCUUUUUAAUGAUAAAAUGAUAACUGUUGCCAGUUACUAAGGAUUAUUUUCUUAACAUUGCUUAAGCUAUGAUGCAGACAGAAAUCAUGGCCCAUGCCAGAAGAAAGGACACAAAGCUCAUUGGGCCUUACUGACAGGUAUCUGACAUAGUUUCCACUCAACAAAAAUAUACUUUCAUUUAUUUAUCAAAAUUAUGCUGUGUAUGUCCAGAAAAGAAGCUGUAAUGAGUUAGAACUUGUUCUGUGUGUGUCCAGAAUGUAAUGAGUUACAACUUGUUCUGUGUGUGUCCAGAAUGUAAUGAGUUACAACUUGUUCUGUGCCUGUUCAGACAAUAAGCUUCUUGACAUUUUUACUGCAAUGAGUUACAACUUGAUAAUUUUAAAAAAUUGCAAAUGGAAAAUUGGUUUGGCAAUACUCUAUAUCAUAUUAUCUGUGUACAGUUCAUCCCCCCUCUACUUAUGAGGAAAAAAAUAGUAUUUAGAUGUUUAAAUUAUAAUCUUUAAAAUCCAUUUGUAGUUUUAAGUUAAUUGUUAUAACUUUUGCUUCUAUUUCAGGUUUCUUUGCUGCCAUACAAAUCACUGAAGCUCCUGAAUAUCUGACUAUUGAAUGUGAGAAAGAUUCAGAGAUUCCAACACUUUACUAUUGGUCAAAUUUGCCCACCAAACCAUGUAGUGAAAAAAUCAUUAGCUUUAUUGAAAGCAAUAAGGACUUUUAUGUAUUCGGUCACCAUGGAAAAAGUAAAUAUGCCGGAGUGUGGUCACUUGAUGAUUUAUUGCUUAGUAAUGACAAUUUAAUGGAGGCUGGUCCAGAGAGGAACAGUGAGGAGUACGUUAUGCCCCCUGGUGGUGUAGAGGCUGGGUUGAGAUCUCAGAUCGUUGUACUCAAGCAAGCAUCAUCAGUUUGA